AAUAUGCGUAAGCAAAAGUGGGAAUGUUUAGUUUCCCGCGGUCGAGUGCAGUUAUGGAUCCCUUGAAACUUCGAAGGGUUGAAUUGCUUCAUUCUCCUCCAGAUGAGUCAAGGGAAUGGUUUAUCUUAAAUUUCAAGAAAUGUGGCAUAAGAGUCAGCAAGUUUUUUGAAGUAGCCUGUUGGUGGCACAUUUUCCAAGCGUUUUGUACGGUCCAGCUUUAAAAAAUGGCGGAAGCUUGGAUGACCGAUAUGUUCAGAACAACAAAGUGGCCAUCGCCUCUCUAUUUGGAGUUGUUUCUACCAUCUUCCGGCAGAAAUUCGAAGAAGGAGAAGUGGUGAGAUAUCUUUGGUUGAUCGAUAAAAUAAAUUCUUGAUCCUGGAUCAAGAAAAGCUUGGCAAACGUUACUUAGCAUUUUCAAGCUAAGACGAACCGGGUUACUCUUGAUUACAAAACACUGAUAAUGCUGCUCAAGCAAAGAGCUGGUGAUGCCAAAAAAUAUAUCAAUGAACUUUGCAAGCAAGGAUUGGACACAGAGUGCUGUGUAUUCUGCAAAGUUAUUAAGGAAUGUGCCUCUCCUGAUGUUCCUUUUGGGGAAGCCUUUGCUGAGUGUUUCCUAAAGAGCAAAGCAAAUAUUGGGGGAUGGAAGGGGUUAAGAGAUGACUUGCUCUUUCUCCUUGAAGAGGAGCCAUGUGAUGUUAAUUUAUGUGCUCUGCCUGCAGUGUAUGACAUUUUAAUUUUUAAAUUCUGUGCACCCAUUGAAGUUAAUCUAGGGAAGUGUUGUCUAUCGGCCUUACUGGUUCACCCAGGCUGAAGUCUUGGCAUUCAGUUUAAUGCCUGAGCGCCUCUGAGAUAUUUGACUUACUUAGCUUUUCAUUGAUGGUUAAUAUAGGGAAGUAUUGUCUAUCCUUUCUGGUUCACCCAGGCUGAAGUUCUGGCAUUCAGAGUAAUGCCUGAGGUUUUCUGGCAUAUAUAAUGUGAAGAAAUUCUUGUGACGCAAACUUUUCUGUUAUUUGAGCUCUUCACCUAUAUCUACAGCAGAGCGACAGGAAUAAAUAGUCGUUUGAGACAAAAAUUUGAAAAACAGCUUCAUUUACUGUUAAAAGUCGCCCUGCAAACCGCGACGGGAAGAGAACAUCAAAACAAAAAAUGCUGCCAAAAAAACUCAAUAAAUAACACAAGGCAAAACA